CUUAAACUAGUAACUCCUCCCUCUCUCUCUGUCUUUCUCUUUCAUUUAAGAAAAAAAAAAAAAAAACCAGAACAAAGAAAAAUUCCUCCCUGAAAAAAAAAUGGGUUGUGUUUCUUCAAAACUGGUUAAGAAAGAGAUGAAACGAGAAAUGGUUCUCAACAAUGGCGGCGACUUCGCCCAUCACGUGGUUUCUCUCAAGUCAAGCACUUACGGGGUCCUGAAACUUGACAACGAUGAACAGCAACAAAUAGAAGAAGUUGGUGUUUCAAAGACUAAAAGAGCUAAGAGGUCGCCUCCGCGUGAAGAACCUGAGGUAAUCAAUGCCUGGGAACUCAUGGAAGAUCUUGAUGAAGAUCAUCUUGUCAAAAGGACUCCAAAAUCUCGUGUCAAAACUCCACUGAAGUUGUUGAAUCAGAUCGGUUCCCCAUUGAAAGUGAAGAAGAGCGGUGGGAAAGAGAACAAGGGAAGCGUUGUUAAUGGAGAUGGUUUGGGGAAUGGGAAGUCUGAUUUUAGCCCCAAAUCGAUAUUGAGAGUGAACAAUUCUAUGGAUGGCUCGUCCUGUAAAGUAGUGUUGAAGUUGAGUUAUCCGGUGAAAAGCACGAGAAGCGAGGGGCUUGAAGGUGGUGGUGGUGAUUUUGGGUUUUCUUCGCGGAGAAGGAUUUUCAGUCCGCUGUUUGAUCCAGAACUUGUCGCUUUGUACGAGAAAGAGUUGUCUGAAGAAGAGGAACAAAUCAAGAGGAUAAUUUCGCCCCAACCCGAAACCCGAAAGCCCAAGAAAUCUCAGGACUCAAAGGUUACUCUUCAAGAUUUCGAGCCAAAAUGCCGUGCAGGUGCUGAAAAUUCAGUUGUGAUUUACACAACAACAUUGAGAGGGAUUCGAAAGACCUUUGAAGAAUGCAACAGAGUGAGAUCCAUCGUGGAAUCCUACCGUGUACAAAUGUUUGAGCGCGACAUAUCAAUGGAUUCAGGGUUUAAGGAAGAGUUAAGGAAGGUAACAGGCUCAAAAGAAGUGAAAGUUCCACUAGUGUUUGUUAAAGGAAGGUUGAUUGGGGGAGUUGAAGAGAUUGUGAAGUUAGAAGAGGAAGGGAAGCUUGAAAUGUUGUUUGAAGGGAUUCCCAUGGCGGUUCCCGGGUGUAAAGGCUGUGGUGGGGUGAGAUUUGUGAUGUGCAAUCAAUGUAAUGGGAGCUGCAAAAUUUUAGACAAGCAGCUGAACAAGAUAAGGUGUGGUGAGUGCAAUGAAAAUGGAUUGAUACAGUGUCCUAUUUGUUGUUGAUACAGUUGAAUUAACUGCCCCUCUUUUUAUUCAUUUUGGAUUUGGGAUUUCCACUAAGUAAUGGUAUUUUAUCUGUUCUCAAGCUGUAACAAUGGUAUCUUGAAGAACUUGGUUCUUUUUUCUUUCUAAAUCGCAUUUAGGAAGUGGGGCUCUAAAGUGGGUUUUAGGCCUUGUUUGAUUGUUUCUUUGUAUAACGUUGGUUGUAUCGUUUGACACGGCAUGAGUGAGCUUUGCCUGACCUUCAGAUUCAUGGCUUUUUCAA